AUGACUUUAAUUGCUGCAUUAUCUUCAAUGGGAUCAGUCCAAUCAAGCAACUCCAUCUUCAAGAGUCAAGCUGGUAUCACUGGAACCAGUUCAAGCCAAUCAUCAAACAAGAUUGCACUUUUGGAUGCACAUGUUGAUGCUGUUGUUGCCUUCGGUACUCUUUUGAAUGCCAAUGCCACCGCUGAUAUACACCUCUAA